AUGGACUCAAGUGCACAUUUCACUCUGAGUGUUUUACCACCCGAAAUCUUGGAAGAAAUUAUGACGUAUCUGGAUCUGGCCACCCUGAAAGCCUUGCGUUUAAGUAGCCGUGCACUCUACAAAGACGGUACAGGCUCUCGCUUCAAGCAGUUUAUCCGCGUUCAAUCAAUAGAACUGCGACAGUCGAGUCUGGAGUCUCUCCAAGAUUUACUUGCGCACCCUGCAUUAGGCCCCGCAGUCAAGGAGCUGGAGAUUGUGGCAACAAUUUACGAUCAGACUCCCCAAAUGGACAUUGUGAAAGCUUGGAGAAAAAGCAGAAAACUCGUGAUCAACCUCCUGCCGAUCCCGCCAUUUAAUCUACAGGCACAGGGUUCCGCCGACCUAUUCCCGAUCCUACUUCUCCAGGACGAAUUCUCUUAUGAUGAGGCAGUGAAGCAGCUUGCCUUCUGUUUGAGUCGAAUUCGGAAACUUCGGCGUAUUGAACUAGACGCCACUAUUAUUCAAGGACCGAUCACUAUAGUGACUACUGACACCGGGAAGACAAAUUGGUAUCCGGUGUGGAUGCGCGCAUCCCGCACUUAUUGCAUAACUAUGGAGGCUAUUACUCGGAGUAAUGUUGAAUUAAAGACUCUGAUCGUCUAUCAACGGACGCCGAGGUGCAGUGUGCCAUUAUACGAUAUUGCGGCCAAUCUCGAAAUACUUGACACAAAUCACUUAUGCCAAAUAGGUAAAGGCUUGGAAUGUCUUUCCCUUAGCAUUUCGAACAAGGUCACCACUGGUGCAACAGAUCGACCACCCCGAAAGCCGAUCGCAUGCCAUACGGUGGCAUGGCAUGGAAAGAGACCAGCGAAUGCUGCGUAUAUCAGCUCACUUGGAGGAGACCCUUCUGGAGGUAAUGAGAAUUUUGACGGGCUCGCGCGGCUUCUAAACCUCACGUCAAAUCUAAAAACUCUCGAUAUACAUAUGUAUAACACAACGCAGGAGAAGUUUGUUGAUUCUCACUUCAUUUUCGAAGCCGUCAGUAGGGAAACCUUACUGCCUCACCUUCGCAAAUGCAGCCUUGGGGGUAUAAUAACUACUGAAGACUCUUUGCUUCAGUUUUUGUCUAAGCACUCAAACAUCGCCAUUCUAGCCCUGAGUCAAAUUCAACUUCCUUCUGAGGAGUCAUGGAAACCCGUCUUUGCUCAUCUUGAACAAAGAAUGCCUAGGCUCGAGCACCUUCAUCUCUCUAUAUUGCGAGGUGGCGACCGUCAGUCGAUUAACUUGCACCCAUCGUGGGAUGAUCAUCCGGAAGAGCUGGAAGUUAAUAGGCGCUCUAGCAUUUACUAUGUGCACACGAAAGAUUUUAUAGCAGACGAUUUCUCGAAGGGACUCAAGUUUCGACAGAUGCCAUUUGCACCGUUCCAAGGUGCUCCUGAAGCUACACGAUGGAUCAGAUCUGUAAAAGCCCACUACGGGGCACCUUGGGAGAGCCAAACGGAGUUUAUUAGUAGCGAUCUCGGAGGGAGACUUUGA